AUGGCAGCCACAGGCAUCUCUCAUCUUGUGUUUCCCUUCAUUUUUCUCCUCAGCCUCUGCACCUCUGCUUCUCAACACUUGAAUGUAAAGCUUUACAUUGUGUACAUGGGUGAUGUUCCAUCCCCAGAUUAUUCCCAAACAGCGGCGACUGCAUCCCACGUUUUAUUGCUUCAUCCUGUACCUGGAAGCCAUGAGGUAGCACAUGAAUCUUUGGUUCAUAGUUAUUGGAAGAGCUUUAAUGGAUUCGCGGCUUGGCUUUCUUCAUCUCAUGUCCAACAUCUCGCAAGCACAGAGGGUGUAGUUUCGGUGUUUAAAAGCAAAAAGGCUCAACUCUUGACAAGUAGAUCAUGGGAUUUUGUGGGACUUCCUCUGUCUCAGCAAACCAAUUAUUUGGAAUAUCAAAGUGACGUAAUUGUUGGCGUUCUAGAUUCAGCGGUAUGGCCGGAAUCAGAAAGUUUCGAUGACGCGGGAUUGGGUCCCAUUCCCUCAAAAUGGAGGGGACUGUGCGAGACAACACCCGACUUUAAAGCCUGCAAUAAGAAACUAAUAGGUGCACGCUUUUAUUAUAGAGGCUUUACAUCUCCACUACCUGCCGGCGAGUUCCUCUCUCCAAGAGAUUCAGAUGGCCAUGGAACACACACCGCCUCCACAGUUGCUGGAAGCAUUGUCAGAAAUGCCAGCCUCUUUGGACUAGCCCAAGGAAAUGUACGUGGAGGAGUACCAAGUGCAAGGAUUGCUAUGUACAAGGCUUGUUGGUCACUUUCUUGCAGCGAUGUAGAUCUCCUUGCAGCGUUUGAUGAUGCAAUCUAUGAUGGUGUGGAUGUCAUUUCUGUUUCAAUUGGUUAUUCAACUGGAGGCUUCCUUCCCCCACCUGACUACUUCGAAGAUAGCAUUGCAAUAGGAGCAUUCCAUGCUAUGAAGAGAGGAAUCUUAACAUCAAAUUCUGCUUGUAACGAUGCCCUUGAGGGAUCUGUUUGCAACUUUUCCCCCUGGUCUCUGACAGUGGCUGCAAGCACCAUUGAUCGCCAGUUCAAAUCAGAACUUACUUUGGGAAAUCAGAUGUCUUUCGAGGGGCAUGCUAUAAACACAUUCAUAAUGGAGCAGCCUUGGUAUCCUUUAGUAUAUGGAGGAGAUGCUGCUAAUGUUUCUGGUGGUUUUUCUUCAGAGGACUCCAGUGGUUGCGGGUUAUAUUCUCUGGACCCCAGUAUAGUCGAAGGAAAAAUAGUCGUUUGCUACUUAUCAAGCCCCGGUGAUCUGCCAGAUGGUGGAGUGUAUGUCUCUGGAGGGGCAGGUGCCAUAAUAAUGUACGAUCCAAUGAAUGAUACUGCUUUCUCGUUCAUGGUCCCUGCCACAGUUAUUUCACGCAAGCAGGGAGAGGUUGUCAGAUCUUACAUCAAUUCUACAAGGUCUCCUAUUGCAAGUAUAGCAAAAAGUGUGGCUGGGAAUGAUUCACCUGCACCUAUAACAGCUUCAUUCUCAUCUAAAGGUCCUAGCAAAAUCACGCCAGAUCUUCUAAAGCCUGAUAUCACCGCACCUGGUGUAGAUAUUCUAGCGGCUUGGUCAAAAGUUGCACCAAUGAGCAUAGAUCCUUUGGACAAAAGAGUAGUGGAUUUCAGUAUCAUCUCCGGAACAUCCAUGUCAUGUCCUCAUGCCACAGGAGCAGCUGCCUAUGUCAAGUCAUUUCAUCCUGACUGGUCUCCUGCUGCUAUUAAAUCCGCUCUCAUGACCACAGCAUUAGAUGCAACACUAGACGGCAAUGAAGCUGCAGAAUUAGGAUAUGGUGCAGGGCAGAUUAAUCCCCUGAAGGCCAUCAAUCCAGGGCUUGUCUAUGACACCGAUGCAAAUUCUUAUAUCAACAUGCUAUGUAGCCAAGGAUACAAUGAAACAUCUUUACGUUUGCUGACAGGAGAAUUUAUCAGCUGUUCUUCAAAAUUAUCUAAACAAGGAGUAUGGGAACUUAACUAUCCUUCCAUAAUGGUUAUUAGCAAUGCAAGCGAGCCCUUUUUGGCUCAAUUUCCAAGAACUGUUACAAAUGUGGGACCUGCAAAAUCUACAUAUGAAGUCAAAAUAGAUGCACCCUUUGGAAUGAACGUGACAGUGGAACCAGAUACACUCACUUUCACGUCCUCCAACCAGAAGAUGUCAUACAAUGUAAAAAUUGAAAGUCAAGUCAUACCAGAUAAUUACGCUUUACUAUCAGGUGCACUGACUUGGAGCUUUGGCAAUUACAGUGUGCGCAGCCCCAUUCUUGUAUAUUAUGAUGUGAAACAGUAA